GCAUGAAUCUCCGUUUGAUUUACUUGGACAGCGGCCCCAUGGAUCAAGAGCAGGUUCUGGGUCACUAAAGCAGGCUCAAGUGCCUUCCCCGUCGUUACAAGCUCCAUUAUCUCGGCGUUAGGUGCGCUUGGGAUGCGUGACGAUGCAAUUGGGGGACGAGACGAAAAUGUAGGACAAAGUCGGAGGAGGGAAUCAUUCAAUAUCCAAAUUAGUGGGUCCUCAUUCGGUCGCAUCUCAUCUGAUAUACAUGGACAAGGGCAUGGAGGAAGAAGUCGAUCGUUUGGUGCAAAUGGCCAGGGCGCAGGCCCUUUGUUUAGCAGAGGCUUUGGUAUGAGUAGUUUCGGUGGGAGCGUUAGUGUGGGCGGAAGUGUCCUCCAAAGCGCGAGUCAAAGUGUUGUGCCAAGCGCGAAUACGAGUCAAACUCAAAGUCCCCGUAGUCCUGAAGCCGUGGGUCUGGAUCACCUUGCUGAGCACAAGGAUGCGGUGCCGUCUUAUGGAAAUUUAUCGUCACCGACACUAACGCAUAUGAAAGCGAGACAGGCACCUUCCGGACAUGAUGGUUCGCAGACGCAGUCGCGGCAGACAUCGUAUGGAUCACAAGGCGAUGAUCAAAAGGGUUCAGCGAUUCAACCUGGACGUUCACAAGGGCCACAAUCUCAUCUCGAUUCUUCUCAAAAACAACGACAUUCAUCCCACUCUCAACGACAGCAAUCCCAACAAUCCGCUCAGAGCCAAUCCCAAUCGCAGCACCAUCAUCCCGCUCAUCCAGGUCCUAUAUCGCUUCCUCCCCCUUCUAACUUUUCUCUGCCAGUAUAUCCACAGCCUCUGUCUCCACAUGGCCAUGGCCCAAUGCCUUCGCAUGUGCAUGUACAUGGACCGAUGUCACCGCAUGUGGCUCACCCUACGUCGCCUUUGUAUCAUCCCGCUCAUGGUAUGAACGUUGGAUAUGUGCCUAUGUCUCCACUUGGACAUCCUAGUAGCCCGAUGCACCAUCCUGGUUACUCCACGCAGGGAGGGUACGCAGUUCAAGGCGGAAAUGGCCAUCCCAUGACCCCAAUGCAUCAUCCUUCGUACGCCAUGAGUGUGAUGACACCGCAUGGGCUCCCGCCUAUUACUCCAUCGAUGCCGCCGUUUACUUUCUUGCAGCCACAAUCACAAAUGUCCCAGCAACAACAUCAGCAUAUGCAGCACCAGCAGC